CACCGCGAGGGCACACAGGAAAAAGGGCGUAGAACGAAGUUACGAAAAUUCUGGGAGAGUGGAGAACAAGUAAAAAGAAUAUAUUAAAAAAAAGCAAGCUUGUGCAGCAGGAAACAAUUUCAUCAUCGCUUACUCUAUGAUUAUUAAAAAUUAAUUAUAAUAGGUGAAACAUUGUAAUUUCAUAUGAGAAGAGAUCAGAAUGGUGCUGUGGGAGAUAACACUUGGAACUGCGUAUUUUCUGGGUCUGAAACGAACUUACAGGCUUGCCCUCAGGAUUCAGCGCAAGCUCAUUAGCCCUAACCACCCUAAGGUCCGCGAUUUCCUUCACAGGCGGACCCGUGCUGUAUUUGACGUAGUAGUCAAAGUUCAUAGAAACAUUCAAGAUAGAGACAUAGAAGCAGGACGGAAUCUUGGAAACACAAUUUUGCGAUGGCUAGAUCGGAUGAAGCCAUCAGCUGGAAUUCGAGGUGCUCCUUCUGGAUCACUUCCCAGUGGCAGCUCAAGUGAAAAACUGACAAAGAAUUCAACUGGAGCUUCCAACAACAAGCCUACUGGUUAUUUUGGAUCCUUCAAGAAGGACUCCGAUAGGCAUCUCUUUACCUCGUUGAGGAAAAGACCUUUUCCUACCAUUUCAAGGAUGACUCGACCACCGAAUCCUGCCGGGACUAGUGUCCAUGGCAGGAACCUCAGCAUCUAUGCUCCUGAAGUCUCUAGAUCAAAUUAUAGAAUGAAUGAGUCAGGAGGUGUAUUUAGGAAGGACAUCAUGCAAUGGAUGCUGCGAAACUAGCUCUCCAUCUCUUUGCUAGUGGUUUACGUCACCCGUAUUUUUGUUUAGGCCAUUUUUAAAAAAAGAAAAGGAAAAGGUAGUUAAAGAAUGAUGUUUAUGUGGCAAUUUCAUACACUGAUGGGGAUGGUAGCCUUAAGG